AUGAAAUUCAUUGUCUGUGUGACCCUCUCUAUAUGCUGUAUUGUGGUGGUUGCAUCUGUAAAACAAUCAACAUGCAAGAUUCAAGAAAUAUUUCAACUAAACCAGUUGUACAAAGAAGGAGAUGUCAUAUUGGGUGGUCUUUUUGAGCUAACAUCUAACAAAAAGACACCUGAUCUUUCAUUCAGCUCAAAACCUGAACAAUGGACAUGUGAAGGGAUUGACUUGGUUGUUUUCCAAUGGGUACAGAUAAUGAUUUUUGCAAUAGAGGAAAUCAACAAAAAUCAGACACUUCUUCCUAACAUAACUUUAGGAUACCAAAUAUAUGACAACUGUGCAAUACUUCCAGUGGCUCUCAGAGCAGCAGCUUCAUUACUUGGGGGCCUGGAAUAUGUUAUAAGUGAUGAAGAAUGCAAAGGGCGUCCUCCUGUUCUUGCCAUUAUUGGAGAUCCUGCAUCUACAAACUCAAUUGCAAUAUCAAGAAUAUUAAACCCUUUCCAAGUACCUCAGGUCAGUUAUUCAGCUUCCUGUUCCUGCUUAAGCAAUAAGCAAGAGUAUCCAUCAUUUUUCCGAACUAUGCCAAGUGAUGCUUUCCAAGUCAAGGCAAUUGUUCACAUUGUUAAACAUUAUGGUUGGUCAUGGAUUGGAUGCAUUGCAAGUGAAGAUGACUAUGGGCAGAAUGCUAUAAAAAGUUUUAUAGAGGAAGCUGAAAAGUUUGGCUGCAUUGCCUUUAAGGAAACAAUUCCAAAAACUAACGCCGCGCAAGAAAUCUCUCAAAUUGUUAAGAUAAUUAAGGAGUCAACAGCUAAAGUUAUUGUCAUAUUUUCAGCAGACACUGACUUCAUGGACUUGGCACAAGAAAUUAUUGUUAACAAGUUCUGGGAAACAAUGUUUGAAUGCAAAUUUCAAGACAAUUUGUAUGGAAAAAGUCCAUUAUUAUUAAGUGGGGAUCAAUGUACAGGGCACGAGGACAUGAAAACCACUAAAACAGCUUAUAGUGAUGUCUCUCAUUUAAGGGUAGCCUACAAUAUUUAUAAAGCAGUCUAUGCUCUAGCUCAUGCACUUCAUUCUUUAUCAUCAUGUGAAAACGGCAAAGGACCAUUUGAAUACAACACUUGUGCAAGCAUUGAAAAUGCUCAACCUUGGCAGCUGCUGCAUUAUUUUAAGGAAGUCAACUUUGUUAACCAAUUAGGAGAACGAGUGGCUUUUGACAAAAAUGGAGAUGCACUUGCUAUCUAUGACAUAAUAAACUGGCAACAACUGGACGAUGGGACUAUAAACCUAAAAGCCAUUGGGGUUUUUGAUGAAUCUGCACCUGUUGGGCAGGAACUUCUGCUGAAUAAGGAGAAUAUGUUUUGGAAUUUUGAAUCUGGGCAGAUUCCCAAAUCAGUCUGUUCUGAAAGUUGUCUACCUGGUUUCAGAAAAGCAAUACGGAAAGGACAGCCAAUCUGCUGUUUUGACUGCAUAUCUUGUGCAGAUGGAGAAAUUAGCACUGAGAUUGAUUCUACUGAAUGUUUCAAGUGCCCAGUGGAUUUCUGGUCAAAUGCGGGAAGAAACCAAUGUGUUUUGAAAGAAAUUGAGUUCCUGUCAUAUGAAGAUGCAAUGGGAAUAACACUAACUACAACUGCUUUAUCUGGCGCCUGCCUUACAAUUGGAAUUUUAAUGAUUUUUAUCCAAUACCGAAAUACUCCAGUUGUCAAAGCCAAUAAUUCAGAAUUGAGUUUCUUACUUCUCGUAUCACUGACGUUGUGUUUUCUUUGUUCUCUCUGUUUUAUUGGGCGGCCCUCUCACUUCACGUGUGUAUUCAUGUAUGCUAUUUUUGGAAUUAGUUUUGUGCUCUGUAUUUCUUGUAUUCUUGUAAAAACCUUGGUUGUAAUAAUGGCGUUUAAAGCAACACUGCCUGGUAGUAAUGCAAUGAAAUGGUUUGGGAUUGCCCAACAGAGAGGCACAGUGUUCUUUUUCACUGCUAUUCAGUUGUUAAUAUGUGUCAUAUGGCUAAGUAUAAGCCCACCCGUUCCUAGUAAAAACACCAAAUAUCAAAAUUCCAAGAUUAUUCUGGAGUGUGACAUUGCUUCCUUAUUUGGAUUUAGCUGUCUUCUAGGGUAUAUUGGUUUAUUGGCUUGCAUUUGUUUUAUUUUAGCCUUUCUUGCUAGAAAGCUACCAGAUAAUUUCAAUGAAGCCAAAUUCAUUACAUUCAGUAUGCUCAUCUUCUGUGCAGUUUGGAUCACUUUUAUUCCAGCGUAUAUCAGCUCACCAGGCAAAUACACAGUGGCAGUUGAGGUUUUUGCAAUUUUAGCUUCAAGCUUUGGUAUUCUUUUUGCAAUAUUUACUCCUAAAUGUUAUAUAAUUUUGCUUAAACCUGAGCAAAAUACUAAAAAAGCACUAAUGGGUAGAUAA